AUGCGGGCACGUUUGCAUGAAACCACUCGCUAUGGCAAUCAACGUGGUUUCCCCAUAUUUAGGCUUUGCUCGUAUGAGUAUGCGCAAGUAAUCCCCUUGUCUGUUUACUAUUUAAUUUUGCUAUACACCGUGUAGAAUUGCUUGCUUUGAAAUCUAGCUAGAGUUCGGGGAGCUAUAGUUGCUGGUUUUGACCGGACAAUGGAAACGAGCUUUACGCGACAAGAGUAGCUCAGAAAAAUAGUGUCUGAACAAUAUUGUCAUGCUGGUUACAAUUGGAGGGAGGUCAUGGAAACAACAUAGAAUUUAGCCAUACUUUUCUUAUAGUAGCGGAACACUUCAGUAUGAAAUCUCGAGUACUCAAACUGUUGCCAAGUAUAAUAAAAUUCGUGUCAUUUUCUGAAAAUAGAUAAACUAAAAGAAGUAAAUAGAGGGAAAUUGUUCAAAUUAUGAACAGAUUUCUUGAAUUUUCUCGUAGAAAUUAGGGAAAAACGGUUUUCUUAAGACAGCAAAGCAGAGACUUUAUAUAAAAACACCAUACGCCACUUCCACAUUUUCCAUAAUGCAUUAUUGAAAUUCUUCCCCCAAAAUUUAGCAUAACCUUAGGUUUUCAUUUCUCCUGGGUAUUACAGCCGUCCCAAAAGAAAUUUAAAGCAAUUCUUGUGCAAAAUUUUGGGGGCCAAACAAGGUGCAUUAUGGAAAUGUGGAAAUGGCGAAUUAAUUAUGUUACAGGACAAGAAAAACCUGGUUUGUGUCCCAAGCCCCGAUCCGGUCAGGUCGGCACCUGUGUUGAGGCCUGCUCCGGGGAUGGCGAUUGUAAAGGUGCCAAAAAAUGCUGCUCUAAUGGCUGUGGGCAUGUUUGCAUGAAACCACUGGGUAUGUACCUUAACUAUUAACAUCCCUGCUCUGAAAUUAGGCGUUGCACGGUUGUUUUACGCAUGCGCAAUCUUCUUGCCUGUUGACUCUUUAUCUUUCUUUAUUAUGUAUUAUGCAUGGGCGUUACUACUGUGCAAAACUGGCGGUUUUGUUCUUGUUUAAGGUGACACCAAUCGUAAGAACCUGCAUAAUUAGUAUUUCAUGGGAAAUAAUCGAUAAUGAUAAUGAUAACAAUAAUGAUAAUGAUGAUGAUGAUGAUGAAAACCGUUCCGCAGACACGGAAUAGCAGAAAAUCAGCAUAAAAAAAAAUGUUAAAAUUUGCCGCAGCGGAAGGGAAACCUGAGUUUUGUCCCAAACCCAAACCUGACCAGAUUGGCAUCUGCGCUGACGCCUGCCAAGGAGAUGACGAUUGUUCAGGUUCCGAAAAGUGCUGCUUUAAUGGAUGCAGGCACGUUUGCAUGAAACCACUCGAUAUGUCAAUCAACAUGGUUUACCCAUAUUUAGGCUUUGCUCGUAUGAGCAUGCGCAAGUAAUCCCCUUAUCUGUUCACUACUAAAUUUUGCUAUACACCGUGUAGAAUUGCUUGCUUCGAAGUCUAGCUAGAGUUCGAGGAGCUAUAGUUGCUGGUUUUGACCAGACAAUGGACACUAGCUUUACGCGACAAGAGUAGCUCAGAAAAAUAGUGGAUGAACGAUAUUGACAUGCUGGUUAAUAUAUAGAUUUAGCCAUGGCUAAAAGCGAAGCUCCAAUUAGUAAAUUCAUAAUUUAAAUCAAACAAUAAACUUUUGAUCCAAAAAUCAGUUAACUUAAGGGCACAUUCAUGUGACUUUUGAGGUAAAGGCUAAGUUAUUUUAGAGUGAAACAUCUUACAUCGAAUUGAUAACCUUAUAUGUACACCCAAAAAACAGCAAACAUCUUCGAUCACAUUCAAGAUCACAGUAGAUUAAGCCUCGAAAACAAAUUCUUGGAAAACAAAUCACGCCGAAUUUUUUUGCGUUCGACAGGUUUACUUUACAAAUUGUUGCCAACAAAUCUGGGGGUGUUUAAACCAACCUUUUAUAAUUUUUAUACAUCACAUUUGAGGUGAAACAGCACUAUUUAUCAUACAGACCUCGGACAGAAUGCGGUAUUUCACAAUUUUUCAAGACAAAUUGCACUCAGUCAAUAUUUAGGACGAUCAAUCGUAGGCUUUAAGCGAAACCGUUCAAAAUUUUUCCAAAAUCACCCAUACGGCCAGCUGGUUCUCGUUUAUAUAAAGCGAGCUGUCAGUGUGGUCGAGUGUUUGAAUGAACUUUAAUAGAGUUACGCUUCAACAUAAUAGCGAAUUUAUUUAUUUAUUUUUUUGUUAUUUAAUAGUUUUAGUUAUAACGAUGUGUAAUCUUAUAAAGCGUUUGAUACGCGCGACAUUUUUGAGUACUCCUGCAAGCGAUGUUCGUGAACGACGAAAACAAACGGCACGGAGAAGCGAUUAAAAUUGCAAGAGAGACUACUAACAAUCAAAAAAAUAUAUAUAUAAUUCGGUGAAACAUUUACAGAGACAACAAUUUUCAUUCACGAAAGACAAGUAUUAAAGAGUCUCUAAAAAUCCUGAGUCUUUAAGCGUAAAGCUUAAGCUGGCUUCCUGGUGCGGUGUUUACUGUUUUCGAAGGUGAACUCCUCGAAGCAAGAAAAUCGCUCAAAGUUUUCUUUCUAAAGCCAAAUUUAUAACUAAAUAUUCUUCGGAUCGUUUUCUUUCUAUUUGUGGUGAGCAAAUAUAUCUGAAGGCUUUUUGAAGUUCUGUAAGCUUAUAUCAAACCUGAUACUAGGUCAGAUCAUUGACUCAAAUCCUACAAAGGUACAUAAACUUGCCGCAUAAACUGUCAGCGUGAAUUGUGCAAGACUUCAUGAAAUUAGAUAUAACAAAAACAAACAUCAAAUACAAUAAUUACUCAGGCUUACCAUUCGAGAUUCAGUUUUCUGAAAGCUAUCAAGGAAGGCCACAGUUGCUUGAGACUUUUAAACCCUCUUACGCAUUAAGCAAGGUGAAAAACGAAAACGAUGCCAUCCGAAAUCGAAUUACCGAAUUUUGACAAGCGACGCAUUUCUCAACCAAAAACCCAGUAAACAAACCAGCCAUGAAUAACAGAAGACUCUUGAUAGCAGCUGUAUUUCAUUUUGCACAUCCAGAGGAAAAAGACAGUUAAAAACAUCACAAGUUGAUACAAAACUCUGUCAGCUUCAGCUGUGAAAGUAAACAACUUUCAAGAUGCUGCAUAUUUUUUCCGCAUGAACUCACCUGUCAAAUUUUGACCAAUCAGAGUAUAAAAAUUGGACGUAGAGCGUGACCAACGCGUGACCAUGGUAAGAAAAGGUCUUCCCCGCCUGUACUUUUAAAAAAGCUGGCUGAAUUUUCGCUUUCGAGGUCAGUUUGAAAUCAAAAUCCUAAUAGUACGGGGCCAUAGUGACAUAAACGCAACAUAUUUGAUAUAAAUCCUUGGAAAAAAUAAACUUGAGCCUUCAAUCAUUUGACACUGGUAAUUUGUCAGCGGAUAACUUCAAAACAAUACUCGACCUCGAUGGGUCGACACUUGAGCCCGCAGAACGGUCAGGUGAUACUGGUCAGCGGAUGCCCUGUUUUGAUAGCUGUCAAUUGAUCACAUCACAGUUUUCUGUUGGGCUCCCAAACUAGCUAAAAGUGUGAGAGUAAACAUUGGUUGUUCUGUGGUGCGGACGGACGGUCGCUCGCUCGCUCGCUCGGUUUACGGUCACGUGAUUGCCAAAUUUUCCGGGAUGGGUAGAUUACCACAUUUCCUUAGCUAUGGGGCUCCGCCCACGCGCGCGCAAAGCGCGCGCGUGGAGCUCCGCUACAAUUGGAGUGAGGUCAUAGAAACAACAUAGAAUUUAACCAUACUUUUCUUAUAGUAGCGGAACACUACAGGAUGAAAUCUCUAGUACUCAAACUGCGGCCAAGUAUAAUAAAAUUCGUGUCAUUUUCUGAAAAUAUAUAAACUAAAAGAAGUAAAUAGAGGAAAAUUGUUCAACUUAAAAUAUAUGAACAGAUUUCUUGUAUUUUCUCGUAGAAAUAAGGGAAAAACGGUUCUCCUGUAUAAAACACCAUACGCCACUUCCACACUUCCCAUAAUGCACCUUAUUCAUAAAAUUUCUCCCCAAAAUUUUGCAUAACCAUUGUUUUUCAUUUCUCCUUGGUAUUACAGCCGUCCCAAAACAAAAUGAAAGCAAUUCUUAUGCAAAAUGUUGGGGGGCAAACAAGGUGCAUUAUGGAAAUGUGGAAAUGGCGAAUUAAUUAUUUUACAGCACAAGAAAAACCUGGUUUGUGUCCCAAGCCCAGUGGGCCUGGUAUCUGUGUUGAGGCCUGCUCUGGGGAUGGCGAUUGUAAAGGUGCCAAAAAAUGCUGCUCUAAUGGCUGUGGACAUGUUUGCACGAAACCACAGGGUAUGUACCUUAACUAUCAACAUCCCUGAUCUGAAAUUAGGCGUUGCACGGUUGUUAUACGCAUGCGCAAUCUUCUUGCCUCUUGAUUCUUAAUCUUUCCUGAGUUUUGUCCCAAACCCAAACCUGACCAAAUUGGCAUCUACGUCGAUGCCUGCCAAGGAGAUGACGAUUGUUCAGGUUCCGCAAAAUGCUGUUCUAAUGGAUGCGAGCACGUUUGCAUGAAACCACUCGAUAUGCAUGUUUUCCCCAUAUUAGGCUUUGCUAGUAUGAGUAUGCGCAAGCAAUCCUCUUGUCUGUUUACUACUAAAUUUUGCUGUACACCGUGUAGAAUUGCUUGCUUCGAAAUUUAGCUGGAGUUUGAGGAGGUAUAGUUGCUGGUUUUGACCGGACAAUGGACACGAGCCUUACGCGACAGGAGUAGCUCAGUCGGUAGAGCACUUGACUACAGAACAGGAGGUCGCUGGUUCGAUCCCUUUGGCCCGACCAAUACUCAGAUAUACUGAGAUAUGAAGGUACUGCCUUUUUCAAAUUGCCCUGCAAACGGCUAGACCCUUCGGUUGACCAAGUGAAAUGGCGGUCCCGUCUGUAGUAGGAGACGCCAAAAAAGUGUCUCAAAUUAGUACUUUCGUGCUAAAUACAUUGACACUCAAAUAAAGUGCUUAUAAUAUUUUUUCGACAAGGCGGAAGGUAAUUAAUUCUAAGAAAAUUGCAAGGUACGGGUAAAUAGAAUCCUUUUGAGUGUAUAUCAUUUCCCCGCUCUUUCAUUUUUCUUACGUAAGUUUAAUCAAUCGUUCGUAUGUUUGGCUUUUAUAGACCCUUUUGUGGUCCUUCAUUCUGAUCGCUGCCCUAAGCCCGGCCGUUUUGGCCUCUGUGCUGAGCUUUGCGGUGUAGGUGGUGGAUGCUCAGGAGGAAAAAUAUGCUGCUCUAACGGGUGCGGUCACCAAUGCAUGUCUCCUGGUAAGUACUGA